UCGACAUAAGAGAUGGUAAGAGCAGCCAUUUCUGGUUUGACAACUGGACGGGGCAGGGGUCGUCUGAUUGAUAUAACUGGAGUUACAUGUACUACUUACCUUGGGGUUUUGAGACAUGCUAGAGUUAGUGAUGCGGGGAAUUUGUAGGGUUGGAGAAUCAAAGGGUAAAGGAGUAGGUAUUUUGGUGCUCUUCACCAAAGUAUCAGGGUGAUUACCCCUCCUCAUCCUGAUAGUGGUACUGAUAUAAUUAUUUGGAAGCAUGGGGAUGAUAAUUAUCAGGCGUAUUUCCCUGCAUCCAAAACAUGGGAUCAAUUGUGUUUCAAGAAGCCCAAGGUGGCCUGAAGUAGAAUGGUGUGGUUCCCACAAGGAGUCCCUCGGUCCUCUUUUAUCACUUGGUUAGUCAUCAAAAAUAGAUUGUCAACAUGGGAUAGAAUGAGGCAAUGGGGUUUGGUGCAGGGAUGUGUACUUUGUGGGGAAAGGGAUGAGAUAAGAGACCAUCUCUUCUUCGCAUGCCUAUUUUACUACACAGUCUGGGAAAAUCUUGCAGGUCGUUUACUGGGCAAAGGAAUCAACCCAGAUUGGCAAUGGACUAUCAAUCGUAUGCAGAGGUUGGGAGAAAAGAGAAUGGAUACUAUACUUGCUAAGAUGUUAUUGCAGAGCGUUAUCUAUCAUGUAUGGAGAGAGCGGAACACAAGACGACAUCACCAGACUUGGAUGUCCACUGAUCAAAUGAGAAGAAUUGUUGAUAAGGCUGUAAUAAACAGGAUUGUCUCGUUGCGGUACAAGUAUGAUCAUAAAUAUGGAGGUCUACUUCAGCGUUGGUUUGAGUUAACCACAUAGACACAAAAUUAUAUAUUUUUCCCUUCCUUUACAUAGCAUAGAAUAUUUAAAAUCUAGAGAUUGAGAUACGUAUAUAACUUUUUUUGAUAGAUCAAUAAAUUUUUAAUUUUAUCAAAAAAAAUAUGUUAAACGUAGCUCAAACCAUAAUAUCAAAUUUGAUUUCCUAUUAUGAAUAGUGUAGCGCUAGUUACAAAGCAUCAAAUUUAGUGAAAUGUGUCAUUAUUAGUAUCCAUUAAAGAUGAAAUUAUAUCAAAUUUGAUGUUUCGGUAUUUUAUUAGAAUUGGCCUUAGAUUGUUAAGAAGCAUUUGCAGUUCACGCUCGCAAUAGCCCAAUAAUUCCUCACACGCGUCUCUCUUCUGCACAGACCUUAACAUUGUUUCUUCCCAUUCUCACUGUACGGUUGUGAUUGUAUAGUCACUCUAGCGCAAAUUUUUACUCCAAGAAGUUAGUAUUUACUCUGUGUUUCACUAAUAAGUCACCAAUCAGGUAGAAAUCAUUUAUUUCCUUUUUACUCUACUCACUUUUCAAAUAAAGAGAAAUACACACUCAAUUUUACUCCCGGUUUUAUUAGAGUAAUACAGUUUUUUUUCUUUUUACUUUAUUGGUUUCCACCAUUUUAGUUUUACUCUAUUUUCCACCUUUAAUUUUUACUCUGAUUUACUCUAAAAUUACCAAUCAGACUCUACAUUUCACAGUAGCCUACACGUGACACAACGAUUCAUCUGCAUCUAAAACCCAAGUUAUUAACUUUUGCUAUUUUGAUGAUCUAUCAAUUUUUAGUUUUUUACCAAAAAAAAUAGGUUAAGUUUGUUCUUGUCUAUUCCAAAUGAUGAAAAUACACUGAAGUAGCCCAAAACAAUAAAGACAAAAAUUACUUUCAAACACAUUUGUUAUUACAAAAGUAGAAAACAUAAUCUUGUACUAAAAGGCUGGGUACCUGAAAGUUAAUUUUGCCUUUCUGUUUUUUCUGGGUUCUACACUUCUGUUCACAUAUUGUUCUACAGAUUACAAACUUAUAUACAAAAACUUAAAAAUAUAAUAGUCAUAUGCAAUUGUCUUUAUUUUCUAAGAAAAUUUGCUAACAGAGUUUCGUUGAUUUAUUCGAAAGCCCUCUUCAGACCCAAAAAGCAGAAAAGAAGAACAAAAGUAGUGACGCAUUAGAUUUCGACCACCUCCAUUGAAGUGAAUCUCUCCGAGAAAUCGAGAAAAGUAAAGAGAGAGAAAGAGGUUGUAGUGUGGUGCAUCGUUUGCAAGAAAAAAAAGAAACAGAAACAAAACCCGUACACGAGAAAAACACACAGGUUUCUGUUUUUGUCUCUUUCCGUGCUUAAUGACUGAACUCAACCUCCUCCCAAAAAUCUCCGACCACUUCACGACGACAUCAACGUCACCGUCUUUCUCCUCACAUUCUCAUUUCCCCUUCUCCGUACCCACGAACGACCAAUCACGUCCCCAAAACCUUAAAGACAAAAUCGUCGUCAUCUUAGGAGCAACCGGCGCCGGAAAAUCACGCCUCUCCGUCGAUAUCGCCACUCGUCUCCCUUCAGAGAUCAUAAACUCCGACAAAAUCCAACUCUACAAAGGACUAGAGAUCACCACGAAUCAGAUUACGAUCCCCGACCGUCGCGGCGUCCCCCACCACCUCCUCGGCUAUCUCCGCUCCGAAGACGGCGAACUCACCGCCGGAGGUUUCCGUAUCGCCGCUUCAAACGCCGUUUCCGGUAUAACCUCCCGUAAAAAGCUCCCCAUCAUCGCCGGCGGAUCUAACACAUUCGUCCACGCACUUCUCGCCGAGCGAUUCGAUCCAAAGAUCGACUCUUUCGGGUCAGGAUCAAUCUGUCGGGAGUUACGUUACAACUGCUGUUUCGUCUGGGUAGAUGUGUCGGAGACUGUGCUCUUCGAGUAUCUCUUGAAACGGGUCGACGAGAUGAUGGGCUCGGGUAUGUUCGAAGAGCUGUCCGGCUUUUACGACCCGGUUAAAGCGAGUAUGACCCGGUUUGGGAUCCGGAAAGCUAUUGGUGUACCGGAGUUUGACGGUUACUUCAAAAUGUACCCACCGGAGAAGGAGAAAAAGUGGGAUUCAGGGAGGAGAGCGGCGUACGAUAAGGCGGUGGAGGAGAUCAAAGAGAACACGUUGAGGUUAGCGAAGAGACAGAUAGUGAAGAUUGAGAAGCUGAGAGAUGCAGGUUGGGAUAUUAAGAGGGUUGAUGCAACGGCGUCGUUUAGUGCGGUUAUGAUGGGUAGAAGAAGAGAGUGGAGAGAGAUCUGGGAGGAGCAAGUUUUGAAGCCAAGUGUAAAGAUUGUGAAUCGGCUGUUGGUGGAAGAUUAGGUUAUUUUCCUGCUCAUUUUUUAGGAGCAAUUUUGUCAUUUACGAGUUCGAUGAGAGAUUUAUUCUCUUAUUAUUUUUCAAAUUAAUGUACAAAAAUCCCAUGU